CCCAGUCCCAGCCCAACGGUCAUAUUCCUCUCGUCCCAAUCUCAUCCGCCUCAACCUCAACUCCCCCCUUCCGCUCUUCACGUCUCCGAUCCACCGCCCAAGCCCAGCCCCUCCUCGUCUCCCGCGCUACUGUCGGCGGCCUGACCCUAGCCCCGUACCGGAUAUCUCGCCGGCGGCCUCCCCUACCACGGCCCGGAUCCCCAUCGUCCCCCCUUCUUCCCAUCCCCCCGGCGGCGCAACGUUUGUCCGCCCCCCGGAGACGAGGCGGAGCUAGGGUUCCGAGAGCAGGUCCCGGCGAACUCUCCUACUCUGCCCCCAUCCUGCUCCGCUCCAACGACCCGACCCAGCAAGAGCUCUGCUCGUUGCUCCAGUACGUGAAGUGAAUAAACUGAGAUGCCAGUAUCAAUGGAUAGGAAGCAAAAUGCAUUCGCCACUCCAAUCUGUAGAACGAACCCCUUCGAUUCCGACUCUGAUUCUGACGUGCCCUCAAGACCAUCAAGGACACAAUCUGCCCCAGUGCAGCGCACCAACCAAUCCUUGCAAGAAUUGGAAGAAUACACCCUACAUAAAGCAAAGGAAACCUCAUGCAAAGUAAAGGAGUGUGUUAGGGCCGCUGAAGCUAUUCGAGAAGAUGCUACACAAAUUCUGCUGACUUUGCAUCGACAAGGUGAACAGAUCACUCAGACUCAUCGAGUAGCAGCUGACAUAGAGCAGGACCUUACUGUGGGUGAGAAGCUUUUGGGAAGUCUAGGUGGAUUAUUCUCAAGGUCAAGGACAUGGAUGCCAAAGAGAAAUCAACAAAUAAAAGGACCAGUUUCACAGAAUAAUUAUUUCAAUACUACAUCAAACCACAUGGAGCAGAGGCAGAAGCUAGGAAUUGUCUCAACACCUCAACAAUCUCCCAGUUCUGUACAUCGUUCACCUGCAACCGCGAUGGAGAAAGUUGAGGAUGAGAAAGCAAAGCAGGAUGAUGCAUUUGCAGACUUGACUAACAUAUUGGGAAGCAUGAAGGACAUGGCACUGGAUAUGGGUACAGAAAUCGAUAGGCAAAACAAAUCACUGGAUGCUUUCAAUGACGACGUCGAUGAGCUGAACUUCCGAGUCAAAGGGGCGAAUCAACGGGGACGUCGGCUGCUUGGAAAGUGAUAUGCAAGUCGGAGUCAGGUUGUAGAACCACUGUGUCCAUGUCUGACAGUUUUGACUAUGCUGUGGAGAUUAAAAGUGUGUUUCUGAAUCCAUGCCUACUUCAAAGGACUAAGGAAGCUGUUGUCCUUUUUUAACAAAUCCUGGUGCGCUGGAUAUUCUUGUAUUGUAUUAGAGCCGAUUGUAUUAUGCUGUUGUUCCUGAUAUUUUUCUGGACCAGAUUCUUGUGUUGUAUGACAACUAAGUGAGUCAGUAGGCACCUUCAGACAUGUACUGCUGCUGUAAUAUUUUCCUUCCUGUGAGAGAGUAUCGGCUCAAAAGCUAUUUUUGGACAUGUACGAAAGGGACCUAAAAUUGUAACCGAGUUUGUAAACUAGAUACUGCAUAAAAGAUGGGGUGCAUUGUGUUACCCAUUCGUUCAGUAGCAAA